CCAACCACAUGAAGACAACACGAUUAGACAAGUGGCCACAUCUGUUUAAUCUCUCUGAAAAUGUCUCAGAUAUAAGAUGACUCAUGUAGAACAUGAUGUUACAUCAAUUAUUGCCUAUUAAAAACAGGUGUGCUCACGUUUACCUGAGGAAGACCAUCUGUGGUUGAAACACUGUAUCAGUCAUGUGCACAUGAAAUUUAUUUACGUUAGCGUACAGAAGAAAGCAGGAGUAGUUUUGAAGCAUUAUACAGUGUGUAUGUACUGACCUCAGACCAGCGUUCACAGUCGCAGCCGGAUGGCGCUGUUGAUUCUUCGGUGGAUGUUGGCUCUAUCUGAAAGCCAUGCCUGCUGAGCUGCAGCCUGAUGCUGCUCUCAUCAGAGUCAGGUGGAGGCGUGGCAGAGGCCUACAUGUAAGGGAGGAACUCGCCACUAACCAGAUCUGCCAAGGAACUAUAAAAUGGAGGCAAAAUGGAGAAAGAGAAAGAAACAGGGACGAGAAAAAGACAAACAAAUCGGUGGCAAAACCAGAUAGGCCUAGAUGGCUCACGGAAAGAUUAGUGGAAGCAAACUCCUCAUGACGGUGUUGUAUAUGGUGGCAGCGUGCAGUGCCAUCCCCAUCAGUGACCUGCUCGACCAAGCCUGUCAGCGCUCUGACACACUGCACUCCCUCAGCACAACACUGACCCAGGAGCUGGGCUCUCGUUUCCUUCCUAUAGGCCGCAUGAUCAUGCCCCGCCCAUCAAAGUGCCACACCUCCUCUCUGCAGACACCUAAUCACAAGUGGCAAGUUCUUAAAUUAUCAGAGUCAGACCUGCUGUCAUUGGCUCGCUCCCUGCUCCAAGCCUGGGUAGACCCCCUGGUAGUCCUGUCCACCUCCGCUAACACCCUGCCUCACCCUGCCCAAAGCAACAUAUCUAACAAAAUCCAGGAGCUGCAGCAGCACUCCAAGAACCUGGGAGACGGCCUGGAUAUCCUAUCUGGCAAGAUGGGCCCAGCGGCUCAGACCAUCUCCUUACUGCCCUACAGAGGAGGCAAUGACAUCGGCCAGGACAAGAUUUCCAAAUUGACCAACUUCCAUUUCCUGUUGUCCUGCUUCCGCCGGGACUCGCACAAGAUUGACAGCUUCCUGAAAGUCCUCCGCUGUCGGGCGGCUAAAAUGCUACCUGAGAUGUGCUGAAGAGUGAGGCAGCCA